AUGAGUAGAGUGUUCCAUAUGAUGCAGCUGAAUGUGAGAAAGCAAGGCGAGAUACACGACAGUCUAAUGAAUGACGAGAAAGUACCAGACAUGCCGGUCCUCGCGAUCCAGGAACCUCAUGCACGGAGGAUCCGGAGCAUGCUAUGGAUCAACAUAGAGGUGGAGGCGGAGCAGGUGCGGAUCGAGUCGCCUGACAUGACGGCCGCAGUGGUCAGACUCCCGGAUCGGCUGAUCCUGGUGGUCGCGGACUACGUACCAGGAAGACGCGCAGGCUCUUCGAGUGACAUGUGA